CUCUCCUCCCUCAAUAGGGCAGUAUUAACCAUCUAGCUAUCACUUACAGGCAGCUAACCAGAACUGCUUUCAUAGUCUCUGCAGACAGAUCCAACAUUUAGUUCGCCUCCUUCAGUCACCUCCAGCCGGCAUGGCCGAGCAGAGCAACAGCCGAUAUCAGCAGCUACAGAAUGAAGAGGAACCUGGAGAAGAUUCCCAGCCUGGAACAGAUGCUCCUCCUCCAUACAGUAGCAUUGCCGGAGAGAAUGCCGCAUUCUUUCAUUAUAAAGAUGAGGCUGGUUUCCCAAAGCCACCGUCUUACAAUGUAGCAACGACACUCCCCAGUUACGAUGAAGCAGAGAGGACCAAGGCAGAAGCAACUAUACCUCUGGUCCCUGGAAGAGAUGACGAUUUUGUGGCAAGAGAUGAUUUUGAUGAUGCUGACCAGCUAAGAAUAGGAAAUGAUGGGAUUUUCAUGCUGACUUUCUUCAUGGCAUUCCUUUUUAACUGGAUUGGCUUCUUCUUGUCCUUCUGCCUGACAACCUCCGCUGCUGGCAGAUAUGGAGCCAUUUCUGGUUUUGGUCUCUCCUUGAUUAAAUGGAUCUUAAUUGUCAGAUUUUCCACCUACUUUCCUGGAUAUUUUGAUGGCCAGUACUGGCUGUGGUGGGUGUUCCUUGUACUAGGGUUCCUUCUGUUUCUCAGGGGCUUCAUUAACUAUGCAAAAGUAAGAAAGAUGCCAGACAACUUCUCCACUCUCCCAAGGACCAGAGUUCUCUUCAUUUACUAAAGUGGUGACCUGGUCCCAACUUUCCUGCCUUUCUACAAGUCCUACAAAACAGGAGACCAAGGACACCUGCAGGAAGAGACUCACAUCUCGACAAUGAAGGGAAACAACCCACCUGCUACAUUUUAGAAAUAAAAGAAACAAAUCCUGAAAACAAGAAGCAAAAGUCCUGAAGAGUAUAAAAAAAGACAAUAAACAUUUAUUUUCUGUUUGUUUCUAGGUGUAAAACUUUAAUAGUUUUUUCAGAAUUCUGUUGUUAUGAAAUCAUUAGUGGCUACCAUUUAAAGCAAAGCUAUCGCAAUCAAGUUUGUGACGUACUAAUAAAGCCUUAUAUUGUUUGUAAUGAUUUUCACAGCAUUGACUGCACUCCUUUGGCCAGUAGGGGGCAGUCUUGUUUCAUCUUGUUUUCUCACAUUUAAGUUAACUGCUGUGCAGAUGUUUUUGUGUACUGUAUUGUGCUUUCUUUGGAGGAAGAUGGACAGACACCCCCCAACAUUCAUCAGUUAUCAAAGCUCUUGCUUUGUGUUUAUUUGCGUGCUUUCCAAACAGACCCUACCGAUAAUGUUCAUUUAAAAUAAAAAUACCCCAAAAUUUGCGUUUGUAUACAUCUUUGUGUAUACUUAAGGAGUACGUUUUCACAGCCGUCAGAAAUAUUAAUAAAAAUGUUUUCAGAACGGUUUGAUUAGCUUUAUAAAUUAAAUUUUGCAGUAAUUAUUUUUCUUUAGAGUGGCUCUUGCCUGCCUAUAUUGACUAAAUGUUUUCAGCUUUUCUCCGUUAAACAAUAGCAUAUUCUUUAGCAAGCUGAAUAGCCACUGGAAUUCUGUACGGUAACUUUUGUAUGGUCUUUAUUAUUUUGCUUUCAGGUCUUCUGUCAGAGGGUAAGGCAACUUAUUUAAUUGAGAAUGCUUUACAAGUCCUUCUGUCAGGGAAGGGGUUAAUUAUAAUGAUAAACAAGUUAACCAAUUAUCCUUUUGUCAGGGAUCAGGUAUCCCUUCUUGAUUCAAUGCUAAUAAUUGUAAAAAAAAAAUAAUAAAAAAAUCUAUAUAUAUUAUAUUAUAUAAACUAGUUAAGUAUUAAUUUAAUAUGCAUCAAAAUUGGUAUGUCAAUAAAAUGAAUGCGGUUUUUAAUACUUCCUUUAUAUUCUUUACUUUGGUGACUGGCAAUGCUAGACAAUACUGACCAGUGAGUAUAUCAACAAAAUGGUGUAUUCAGGUUUUUCACUUCCUGUAGCAAUGGUUUGUUUGUAUCUGGAGGGCUCCGUGAUGCACCUUACAAUGUAAACACGUUUUGUUUAGAUAACUUAUUUGGGUGAUACUGGUCAGUAAAUGUCACAAUAAGUAACUGGAUGUUUUCUUAGAUCGCUAAGGCUUUCUGUUGUGGUGGGGCUUUCAGGGGCAAUCCAUAACAUUCUUGUACUUUUUUGUGCUUUUAAAAUGUGUAAGCAGAAAUUGUGUAGACUGAUAUGCACCUAUAUUUGCCACACGGCAAGCCACUUUACAGAUUAUUAUGUUCAAAAUGUAAAUAUAGUAUAAUGUUAAUAAAUGUCUCUUAUGUAGCAAA